GGGCCGUCGGGGAGCCAGCCCGGGCCCGGGCGCAGCCCGCCCCGCGCAUGCGCAGACCCAAAACCAACGCCCGGGAGUGCAGGCGCGGGUUUGGUGGCGCGUUCUAGCGGAGUGGCACGUGAAGGCUAGCAGUGGCCGGAGCCCGAUACAGACGCAGCCAUGCUGGGCUCAGGCAGCGUGUCGCCGUGGGCCAGGUGUCUCCUCAGAGUGGCAGUGGUGCUGGGCCUCCUGGCACUCAUCUCCCUGCACACCGCGUCGGCCCAGUCCCAUCAGGAUUUCCCGCCCCCAAAGGGCCAGCAGCGCAAGAGGGAGGUCCCCGGGGACGUCCUGAGCCAGAUGGGCCGCUCAGUACGGGGCACGCUGGAUGACUGGGUGGGGCCCGAGACCAUGCACGUGGUGUCCGAGACCCUGACGCAGGUGCUGUGGGCCAUCUCCUCGGCCAUCUCGGUGGCCUUCUUCGCCCUGUCUGGGAUCUCUGCCCAGCUGCUGAGUGCCUUGGGGCUGGACGGAGACCGCCUGACCGAGGACCUGAAGCUCAGCCCUGCCCAGGUGCAGACCUUCCUGCUGUGGGGCGCGGGCGCCCUGGUGGCCUACUGGCUGCUGUCCCUGCUCCUCGGCCUGGUCUUGGCCCUGCUGGGGCGGAUCCUCUGGGGCCUGAAGCUCGUCCUCUUCCUGGCCGCCUUUGUGGCCCUGGUGCGCACCGUGCCGGACCCGUCCACGCGGGCCCUGCUGCUGCUGGCCUUGCUGACCCUCUACGCCCUGCUGAGCCGCCUCACGGGCACCCGGGCCUCGGGGACCCAGCUGGAGGCCAAGGUGCGAGGGCUGGAGCGCCAGGUGGAGGAGCUGCGCUGGCGACAGCGGCGGGCGGCCAAGGGGCCCCGGGGUGCCGAGGAGGAGUGAUCCCGUCCGGGCUGGCUGGCGGCUGCCUGCGUCUUAACCAAAGAGCUCCGCUGCUUCCGGGGGGCGUGGCCCUCCUUCUGGGCCCCGCCCCUCCUGCCGGGCCCCGCCCCCUGCCUUGCCAGGCCUGCACCCUCGCACCAGACCCCCUUCCCGCUGGGCUGAGGGAGAAGCAGCCCCCCCCCCCCCCCAGUUGCCUUUGCUCGGCUGUCUCAGAGCCCUGUGGUCCGAGGUUCUGUCCUGGGCUGGUGCUCUUAACACUUUGUCCAGCUCCGCUCCUCCUCCUCCU